CACACAUUUAUUGAUGGUUAAUAGACAAUUUACUGAUGAACAAACACACAUUUAUUGAUGGUCUGCCAACAUCUGUUAGAACAGGUGGGCUGCAGUCUGAUAUAAACACUGGGGUCUUGUGAGAUGGACAGAGCUGUGUGAUUGUGAGGGUCCCCACAGCUCCAGCGGUUCAUCACGUGGGGGAAAGCAGGUUUUUUAUAAACAGCAUUAAAAAGGCAAAGCUUCACCCAAACAACCAGGCAGGUCCACUUUAAGCCCUGUGUGCCAUUACGCUCAAAGCGCCACAACCCUUCGCUCCAUCCAGUCGCACUGUGCAACAUUAAUUUAUUCAAGCAGCCCUAAAAUCUCGCGGUGCUACCAUUCAGACAUCUUGCAUUUUAUUAAGUCUGGUCCGUGGAAAAAAAUCUCCAUAAACAUACAUUGUUAUGCGUGUGUGCAUGUGUGUGUCCUCCACACAGAAACGGGGUUUCGCUGUGUUUUUGAAUCCUGCUCAUUUUCGACAGUGCGUUAGCGGAUGUGAGGCGCUAGGACCGAGCCUCGCGUGCCAAUCCCGCGGACUUUAGACGCUCUCUCACGGGGGCUCUCCACCAGUAUUGUGCGUCAUCUCCAUCGCUGCCGUUCUGCUUUUUUUUUUUUUUUUCUUCCUCCGGAGAGGCAAACAUGGCAACUCCCGCCGCGGUCAACCCGUCCGGUAAGUCGCUGUCCGGUGCAGACGAAGCAGAACAUUUGAGUAGGACCGGGGAGGACAGAAGCAGGGUUUUGUUUAGACCCCUGCUGUCGAGGGCUGAAAGCGGCGACAGGCCGCCGGAGCCUGGCUCGAGCAUCCAUCCCCCUUCCCCCACUGAACCGCUGACAACACGGCUAUUCUCCACAACCUAUGCGGCCCAGUGUCCAGACGAGCUGCUGGCUGUGUUUCUGCAUGCCCUUCAUGCUCCUUUGCUGUGGUGUGUGUGUGUGCGCCCCUGUUAUUCUGUGCGAAGCUAGGCUAACGCGUCGCUUCCCCCACUCUCCGAUACAAAAGGUUAUUUAGCAUAUCGCCGCUCCACCGCAUCGCCCUCCGUAUGUGACGUGUUUACCCCGGACACGUUUGUUGUCCUGCAGUGAAGAAGACUGUGCGAUCAUCUUCAUCGCCUGUUGAUUCCUCAUUUCAUAGAAACGGCUCGACGCUGGAGGACUUCGCCCUGCGCUGCUCUCAGGGACGGAGCCAAACGCCAAAGUGCAUUGAGAAAAAUCCACCGCUGUGAUUUGUCUCGUUCCACUGGCUUGAGGUGUGGUCUGGAUAGAACAUAACAAACAUAGAUGGGCAGUGAGUUGCCAGGGACAGUAGGGAUGCCCGGAGCAGUUGGUGCUGGCCAGGUCAGGAUGGGAGGUGCCGUGCCAGGUCGGGGGGGCAAGAGGAGAUCAGGAGGAAUGGACUUUGAUGAUGAAGAUGGAGAGGGACCUAGCAAAUUUUCAAGGUAUGAUGAUGAUCAGAUUCCUGGUGGGGAUAAGGAGAGAUACGCCAGAGAGAACCACAGUGAGAUUGAGCGACGCAGACGCAACAAAAUGACUCAGUACAUCACAGAGUUGUCGGACAUGGUCCCCACCUGCAGCGCCUUAGCCCGGAAACCUGACAAGCUUACCAUCCUGCGUAUGGCUGUCUCUCACAUGAAAUCCAUGAGGGGCACUGGCAACACAUCCACUGAUGGGGCCUAUAAGCCCUCCUUUCUCACUGAACAGGAACUGAAACAUCUUAUCCUGGAGGCAGCAGACGGAUUCCUGUUUGUCGUCGCCGCAGAGACGGGCCGGGUCAUCUAUGUGUCGGACUCAGUGACGCCGGUGCUGAACCACCCCCAGUCCGAGUGGUUUGGCAGCACUCUGUAUGAGCAGGUCCACCCCGAUGAUGUGGACAAGCUGAGGGAACAGCUGAGCACCUCGGAGAACUCCAUGACAGGACGGAUUCUGGACCUGAAGACAGGAACAGUGAAGAAGGAGGGACAGCAGUCCUCCAUGAGGAUGUGCAUGGGAUCCCGACGCUCCUUCAUCUGCCGCAUGAGGUGCGGCAGCGCUCCUCUGGAUCACAUCUCCCUAAACCGUCUGUCCAACAUGAGGAAGAGAUACAGGAAUGGCCUUGGACCGUCAAAAGAAGGAGAAGCUCAGUACUCUGUGGUGCAUUGCACUGGCUACAUCAAAGCCUGGCCCCCUGCAGGUAUGACUAUACCAGAAGAAGACACAGAGGCAGGUCAGACUGGGAAGUACUGCCUAGUGGCCAUCGGAAGACUGCAGGUGACCAGCUCUCCGGUCUCCAUGGAUAUGAACGGCCUGUCGGUGCCCACAGAGUUCCUGUCCCGUCACAACUCAGAUGGCGUCAUCACUUUCGUUGACCCGCGCUGUAUCAACGUCAUUGGUUAUCAGCCUCAGGAUCUGUUAGGAAAAGAUAUUCUGGAGUUCUGUCAUCCUGAGGAUCAGAGUCACCUGAGAGAAAGUUUCCAACAGGUGGUGAAGUUGAAGGGACAAGUUCUGUCAGUGAUGUAUCGUUUCCGAAUGAAGAACAGAGAGUGGAUGUUGAUCCGAACAAGCAGUUUCACCUUCCAGAACCCAUACUCUGACGAGAUAGAGUACAUCAUCUGCACCAACACCAACGUCAAGCAGCUACAGCAGCAGCAGCAGGCAGAGCUGGAGGUUCACCAGAGAGAUGGACUGACUGCCUACGAUCUCUCCCAGGUGCCUGUGGCCAGCGUCAGCAGUGGAGUCCAUGAGGCAGGGAAGAACAUUGACAAGACAGAGGCUCUGUUCUCCCAGGAGAGGGACCCACGCUUUGCUGAGAUGUACACCGGCAUCUCUGGCUCGGGAGAUAAGAAAAUGAUGGUUCCCUCCUCCACAGCUGGAGGACAGCAGCUCUACUCCCAGAGCUCUCCCUUCCAGCAGGGACACUCCGGCAAAAGCUUCAGUUCAUCUGUGAUCCAUGUCCCUGGUGUGAAUGACAUCCAGCCAUCAGGCUCAUCCAAUCAGAAUCUAGCUCAGAUUUCCAGGCAGCUCAAUCCAGGCCAGGUUGCAUGGUCAGGCAACCGACCCCCCUUCUCCGGACAGUCCAGUAAAGCCCAGUCCAGUCCAUUUGGCAUUGGUUCUGGCCACAGCUACCAGACUGACCCAGCCUCCUACAGUCCUCUGUCAUCACCUGCCACUUCCUCCCCUAGUGGCAACGCCUACUCAGGACUGACAAACCGCAGCACAGCUUUUGAUGUGUCGGGGGAAAGCAGUCAGAGCGGAGCCCAGUUCCAGGGUCGUCCCAGCGAGGUCUGGUCCCAGUGGCAGAACCAGCAUCACUCCCAGCAGGCGGGGGAACAGCACACACACCCCAACCCCAGUCAGACAGAAGUCUUCCAGGACAUGUUACCCAUGGCUGGAGAUCCCACGCAGGGAACAGCCAACUACAACAUUGAGGACUUUGCUGACCUUGGCAUGUUCCCACCCUUCUCUGAGUAACCAGUUCCUCUUCUCUCUUUCUCACUCACUUUCUAUCACUCCCCUUCUCAGAACUGGACUAAUGUUUGCAUUCAUCUCUCAUGCUCUUCCGGUCAAAAGUUCAACAACACUCCCGUUUUUCCAGUUUUUAUUGAAAUUUCAUCAGUUCAAGUCCAGUGAAGAAGCUUCAGUGGAACAAAGGUCUGCAACAAACUGGCCAAGGUAAAUGAAAAAGAAAGUUCAGGUCACCAAACAGUGUGGAUUUCAUCGAAAAACAGACAUGAAGACAUUGGCUAACACACAUAUUUUCUUGCAGCAGUGGAAAAAAAAUCAAAGCUUUAGAUUUGAUGCAAACAGUUUGUACAGGUGUUGGUGACUUACAAACCAUGUCUGUACAAGUCUGUUACUACAGCCUCUGGUGCAGAGGACCACGCUGAUCUAGAAGGUAGUUCUAUAUAUUUCUAUCAGAGUGGUUAGAAAAAGAAAAGUAAAGCAAACUGACAGACUGACAGACUGAGCUUGAUAUAAAAUAUAAAAUAAUGAUUGUUAUUGAUAAGAACAGAAGCAGACAGAGGCUUCACAUGAUGAAGAGCAGCACGGUCUCCAGGUCAUGGAGCUGGUUUGAUGAAGUGGACAGAGGAUGAAAGUAAAACAAAAAACAUUAGUGGUGAAACUGUAUUUGUUUCAUCUCCAUUGCAGAAAGAACAUCAUGAGUGUGUUCGUCUGCUGGAGAUUAUAUUUAGUGAAAUAACAUCCCCAUGAUUCAUUCUGUAAAAUCAAACCCUCAUCAUUUUUUUUUUUGUUCUAUGCUUUAAUUUCCUAAAAAAAUGGAGGUGUUGUAAAACAUUUGACCCGCAGUGUAUCUCACUGGGUCACAAACACACACCUGAUGUGCAACACGGUGAAUGUCUCGGUGCACUUGUCAUCUCACACACACACAGCCCACAAACGUUUGCCCCUCCCAAGGCCUACAGUAUGUACCUGUGAAAAUACACAUACCUCAUCGCUGUUAGGAGGAGCACUGCUGUCAGAUGGAAGGAACGCGAGCGAUCAUCAGUCUAUCAGCUGUUGGUCGGUCGUGACAGUGAUGGACAUUGUCUGGAGCUUUUAUAACAGGCGGUUGAAGCUCUGUAGCUCUCGGCAGUCAGCGGCAGCACGACCAGAAGGAGGUCAGCCAACAGGUUACAGCUGGAUGUGUCAGACACUGGUUUUUAGAUCCUAUUAGUGGAGGUUUAAGUAAAACUCCGUGUCCCACAGACAUCAUUUCUGUCGGCCGCUCGUGUCAGCUCCACGCAGUCGACCGCCAUUUAUGAUUGUACCAACAACACAUUUUCAAGAUGGAAUAAUGACAGCUGAGGAAAAAAACUCAGCAGGAAAUGUUUUUGAAGCUCUGUCAUUUUCAUAAAUUGCUCCCGAGCUGCUGCAUUGAAGUAACUUGUAAUGUGAUGCAGAGAAAUUCACACUUGUUUCUGGUCAAAUGCAAAAUCUGCAUUAAAUCUGCCUAUUUAUUGAUUUAAUAUUUCACUCGCUGAUAAAAGGUCAGUUAAUAUUUAGUCUUGAUAAGGAUGCGGAUGUGCAGCUGACAGGUAACAGAAUCCACAUGUCAUCAGACUGUAAAUAGGCUAAAGUUACACCAUGGUGAUUCAUCAUUACCUAGCUAUGUAGGAAUUUAGGUCUGUGCUUUUCCAUCAAAGUUUCCCAAUUGUAUGAGAGUUGUUGCUCAACUGGGUUUGAGAGCAUCAGGCCCUGUUUGAAGCUUUCUACACUUCCUGUGAAACAUGUGUUCCAGUGUGAGACACAGGUUAACACAGUCACCAGUGCAUUAGACCUGCUGGUGUCUGUCACAGCUCACACAUGUCAACUCACUCAUGUUCUUUGUGAUUGCAGAAAAAUUGUGUCAGUGUGCUUUCUGUGUGUGCUCGUGCACAUAUUUUCAUGAUGACAGAACAAAGUGGAGACUGCUCCUUAAGUCAGCUGACGACCGUAGGAAUACUUCUGCUCCUUGAAUCUCAAGUUAUGUUUUGGGGCCACCAGUGUCAGUCCAGACAGGAUGUCAUUUACCUCACACCACAAUAGGACCCAUACACUCGGAGACGAGUUACCUCCUCUGGUAAAACCUGCAGUGACUGUAGAGAGCAUCGGUCGACAACAAUAAUGAUGUAAAUGACGUGAAGUAAAAUGUCUGAGCGCCGAAGACGUUCACCUCCAUCUGCCUGGUGCUGCCUCUCACGCACCAUCACUGACUCUGCCAAACAGCAGCAGGUGAGGAGACGCUGCUGCUCUCCACCCGCUGCUGACCUCACUCUCUCCAUCAACCUUAUGAUGUAAACUAUAUGUAGUGACGCCCAGAGCUCUAAAUGCGAGUACCGAAGGAUUCUAUGUACACACGAAACAAAAAAGAAUAAAAUAAACUCAUUGCAGACAGUUCUUAAGCUAAGGCUUAAAGUGCACUUCAUGAAGCUAACUGCUAAUCUCACCAGCCUGCUUUAAAAGGGAAAAACCGCCAUACCGUCCAAGCAAAUCGCAGUAUUUACUAGUGUAUUUGGUGUUCUUCAGCUCUCGCUACUUGACUUAAUUACUUUAUAAUCUUUUCAACUAUUAAGAGACUGAAUAAUACUUUCUAGUAGGGGAGCUUUUACAUGAUAGAUUGUAUAAUGUCUCUGACAGAUGGAUGGAGAACCGUGAACAGACGUCGAAUCCUUUUGCUAAAGAUCUCAAAUUGAUGUUUUCUUUUUGUAAAUAAUGUGAUUUUUAUGUCGACUCGUGUUACUUUCACACAGUACAUGUUCUUUUGUGUAGGUUUUAAUGAUAUUGUGUGCAAUGUGACUACAUAUUUAACUAUUGGUAUUUAGUUAGUCUGUUCAUUGUACAUUGAGUUCUAGACCUGUACAAAUGGUGUAAAUGUGACCCAUUAUUUUUGUGUAACAAAUUGUGCUUGUGACAAUAAAAUUCUUAUUGGUUACGUG